AUGGUUCAGAUUGUUGGGUCCAUACCUGAAGUUAUCAGAACUUCAAGGAACUACUAUCUCAGCACUGCCCGCCUCAAUUCUCGAUAUUUCUUGUUUAAUAUUUCCGAUGAUUAUAUUACAUUAUUGUAAUAUCCUCUGAGAUAUGAUCAAGAGAGAGAGGGAGAGAUCCGAGGGGGAUGUUUCUGGGUGAUUUUCUGUGAGAAGUGAAAACUGCACUCUUCCUUCCAUCGUACUAGUUUAUUUUAGAGAUAGAGAAGGAUGGAGGUUCCCUUGCCACUGCAGCGGACAGUGCUGAGUGAGAGAACCCAGUCGAAGAUCAAGCCGUUUCUUGGUCGCUCCAAUGGAAGAAGGAUCAUGUGGUUGCAUAUCGAAUUACUGCAAGUGCGGACUUCUCAAGAAAAAGGCAAAGGAAAAUUUCCACACCCGGUUCCAAAGGUUCUACACCAAGGGGAUUUGUGCCAAGAACACAGGUCCCUACAAGUACUCAGAGAAGGGAUCAGAAGAACAAUGAAGAAAAGGAAGGUCCAGAUGCUUCGCCAGCCCAGGAAUUUGGGGGUUCCAAUGCUAAAACACCCAAGUUAAAAGUUGGAUCUGAAGAGGAAGGGGUAUCAGACAUUAAUCUAGUUGCAGAAGUUGAGGAAAGUGAUGAAGAGAGUGACGGUGUUAUAGGAGAAGUCGUACCAUUUAGUCAAUCAUUAUUUGACAAUAAGAUUGGUCAAUCUGAAGAGAAUGGGCGAGCUCCGGAAGUUGGUAGGCACGUGAUGGAAUCAAAAGAUGCAGAAAAAAUCAACAAAUAUGAGGAAAAGGUGACAGCAAACUCAGGCGCCGAUGUUUCAGUAUAUGGAAGAGAUGUUGAAGUAACAAAGAUUUAUUCUAGAAGUAAUGAAGCUCAAUGGCGUGAGAACAUGAACAAAGAGGGGUCCAAAGAAGAAACCAGCAUCUCUAAAAUGGGAAUUAAUGCAUUAGGUGAAACAGAUUCAAGAAUAGAUGAAACUGAAAAUACUCCAAAAAAUGCAAACCAGUUUAAUGAUGGUUAUACUUCAAACAGCAAGGAUAAAAGGAGUGACGAUCAAUUCCUAAAGUUAAAACUAGAAAGUGAAGAAAUUUUACGUAAAGAGGUGUUAGCCAGGCUUGCUGAGGAUAAUUUUAGGAAAGGCAACAAAUUGUUCUAUUACCCUGAGCUUGUAAAACCUGACCAAGAUAUAGAGAUAUAUUUUAACAGAAGUUUCUCCACUUUGAAGAACGAACCUGAUAUUAUAAUCAUGGGAGCUUUUAAUGACUGGAAAUGGAAAUCCUUUACCAUAAAGUUGAGCAAGAGCCAUCUCAGUGGGGAUUGGUGGUCUUGCCAGUUUCAUGUUCCUAAGGAAGCAUACAAGAUCGAUUUUGUGUUCUAUAAUGGGCAUGAUGUCUAUGACAACAAUGACAAGCAAGAUUUCUGCAUAACUGUGGAGGGUGGAAUGGAUGUGUUUGAUUUUGAAGAUUUCUUGCUUGAAGAGAAACGCAAGGAACAGGAGGAAUUAGUGAGACAAAAAGCUGAAAAGGAAAGACAAGCAGAAGAACAACGGCGUAUAGAAGCAGAAAGAGUAGCAAGUGAAGCUGAUAGGGCUCAGGCAAGAGAGGAAGUUGAAAAGAGAAAGGGGACACUGCAAGAGUUGAUGAAAAUAGCUAUGCCAUCUUCUCAUAGUGUCUGGUACAUAUGGCCCAGUGAAUUUGAAUGCAAUCACAUGAUCAAAUUAUACUAUAACAGGAGCUCAGGACCACUUUCUGAUGCUAAGGACAUAUGGCUUCAUGGAGGGCAUAAUGGUUGGAAGGACGGGCUGUCUAUUGUUUUGAAGCUCAUCAAAGCUGAGAACAAAGGUGGAGACUGGUGGUAUGCUGAAGUUAUUAUACCUGACCGAGCCCUUGUUUUGGACUGGGUGUUUGCUGAUGGUCCACCGCAGCAGGCAAUUACUUACGACAACAAUGGUAACCAAGAUUUUCAUGCCAUUGUCCCAAACUCCAUCCCUGAGGAAUUAUAUUGGGCUGAGGAAGAACAACAAAUAUAUAAAAGACUUCAGGCAGAAAGGCGGUUAAGAGAAGAAGCGGCACGGGCUAAGGCUGAAAAAACUGCACGCCUGAAAGCGGAGACAAAGGAAAAGACUUUGAAAACAUUUUUGUUGUCUCAAAAGCAUAUAGUUUACACUGACCCCCUUGAUGUUCAAGCUGGAAGCACAGUCACCUUAUUUUAUAAUCCCGCCAACACUGUCCUAAAUGGAAAAUCUGAAAUCUGGUUGAGAUGUUCAUUCAAUCGCUGGACUCAUCGCUUGGGUCCAUUGCCACCUCAAAGAAUGACGCCUGCUGACCAUGGAUCCCAUCUUAAAGCAACUGUCAAGAUUCCACUGGAUGCAUAUAUGAUGGACUUUGUGUUCUCUGAGAAAGAAGAUGGCGGAAUUUUCGACAACAAGAAUGGUAUGGACUACCACAUUCCUGUAUUUGGAGGAGUUUCGAAGGAGCCACCAAUGCACAUUGUACACAUAGCAGUUGAAAUGGCACCUAUCGCAAAGGUGGGGGGUCUUGGUGAUGUCGUUACUAGUCUUUCUCGAGCUGUUCAGGACAUGAACCAUAAUGUGGACAUAAUACUUCCAAAGUAUGAUUGUUUGAAUCUUAGCAAUGUGAAGGACUUCCAGUUUCAUAAGAGUUAUUCUUGGGGUGGGACUGAAAUUAAAGUUUGGUCCGGGAAGGUGGAAGGCCUUUCUGUCUAUUUUUUGGAGCCUCAGAAUGGAUUAUUUUGGGUUGGCUGCAUUUAUGGACGUGGUAAUGAUGGGGAAAGAUUUGGUUUCUUCUGCCACGCAGCUCUUGAGUUUCUUCUGCAAAGUGGAUUCCAUCCAGAUAUAAUUCAUUGUCAUGAUUGGUCUAGUGCUCCAGUUGCGUGGUUGUUUAAGGAACAUUACAUGCAUUAUGGCCUCAGCAAAGCCCGUGUUGUUUUCACCAUACACAACCUUGAAUUUGGAGCACAGUUGAUUGGGAAAGCCAUGAGAUUUGCAGACAAAGCUACAACUGUGUCCCCUACUUAUUCACAGGAAGUUUCUGGAAAUCCUGUAAUUGCCCCUCACCUUUUCAAGUUUCACGGCAUUCUGAAUGGAAUUGAUCCAGACAUAUGGGAUCCGUAUAAUGAUAAAUUUAUCCCCAUAUCUUAUACUUCAGAAAAUGUUAUUGAAGGCAAACAAGCUGCAAAGGAAGCUUUGCAGCAAAGACUUGGGUUGAAAAAGGCUGAUCUGCCCUUGGUAGGAAUCAUUACCCGCUUGACUCACCAGAAAGGAAUCCACCUCAUCAAACAUGCCAUUUGGCGCACCCUGGAACGCAAUGGACAAGUUGUCCUGUUGGGUUCGGCUCCUGAUCCGCGGAUCCAGAAUGACUUUGUCAAUUUGGCAAAUGAAUUGCAUUCUUUGCACAAUGACCGAGCACGCCUGUGUCUGACAUAUGACGAGCCUCUCUCACACUUGAUAUAUGCUGGUGCAGAUUUCAUUUUGGUCCCUUCAAUUUUUGAACCAUGUGGACUAACUCAACUCACAGCAAUGAGAUACGGUUCAAUUCCUGUCGUCCGUAAAACUGGAGGACUCUACGAUACUGUUUUUGAUGUUGACCAUGACAAAGAAAGAGCACAAGCACACGGUCUUGAACCAAAUGGAUUUAAUUUUGAUGGAGCAGAUUCUGCUGGUGUUGAUUAUGCUCUGAAUAGAGCAAUAUCUGCCUGGUAUGAUGGAAGGGAGUGGUUCAAUUCGUUAUGCAAGCGUGUUAUGGAGCAAGAUUGGUCUUGGAACAGACCUGCUCUUGAUUACUUGGAGCUCUACCAUGCUGCUCGGAAGUGAGGAGAAAUCAAGAAAUUUUUUUGUACAGGUUUAGUUAUUAGUUCUACUUCUACUAUAUAAAUAAUAAAAUCUAACGUAAUUGUAAAUUGCUGUGGUUUUUGAUAAUUCCUCCAUUGUGAUCAUCCACUUUGCAUUGAUAAUUUAUGAUGAAUGAUGAAUCUUUUUCAA